GCAGGAGGCUCCUGUCUCGUCCGUGGGUGCGGCGGCAGCAGCGAUUCUGCGUCACGACUCAAACAGCGUACCACAGCAACUUUACUUGCCGAGUUGCGUGACUUUUCAAGCGCCAUCGGGUGAGUUGUGGUUUUUGAUGAACCAGUUCUAUGGCGAGUCCAGGUUUGGAUGCAGGACGGCGUAUAGCGGUGCAGCCUCGUCAUCACCACGCCGAACCGGCGACAGAACCCGCUGUCCUCGAGGUGCAGAGAUGGAUAGAGGCAGUGACUGGUAGGAGUUUUGGUGAAAAAGAUUUCAGAGCUGGACUGGACAACGGCAUUCUUCUGUGCGAACUAUUGAGCUCCAUCAGACCGGGUCUUGUGAAGAAGAUAAACAGGCUGCCCACUCCUGUGGCUGCUCUGGUAAGAACUUUUCUACAUCGAAGCAUUAUGUCACAUGCCCACCUUACAUGUCUAAGAAUCUGUGAUUUUGUUUCUCUCUUCUUUGGGGUUCCAAGCUGGAUACCCUAAUAGACAUUGUUACAA